AUGUACGGAUAUAUGGUAAGAUUUUUGAUUUUAGGAAGAAGUAAGAUUUUGAUACAAUAAACAUUUUUUUCUUGAACAACUUAAUAGUAAUCGUGUUUUUUCUAUUCUCAAUAUUUUUAUUCCAACCUCUAUAUUGUUAUAGAGAUCAACAUUAUCCUCUGAGACACCAAACCAAAAUCGAGAAACUCUAAGCCAAAAAUCGACCACAAAGCAGUCGAUAACUCAGCGACGAAAUCAGCCCGUCUUCAAGUCUCGACGUCACAAGAAACCAGGCUUUUUCCAACGAUUGCGACGAAGCAAAGCACUUGUGGAUAACAAGAACGAUGAGAAAACAAUCGACCACAUCUUCGACUCUAAUCAAAUCACUGAUUUGAAUACGAGUCGAAAUUCGUAUUUGUCUACUGACCCGGUCGAUGAUUACGUCGAUGAAAUUUGUGGAAGUUCAUCGAAUAGUGUGGAGUCGAAUGAGGAAGAUGAUAAAGGUAGAAAUUCAAAAUUUUUUUUUAUUUUGUUUAUUUCAAUUUAAUUUUAAAAAGUUUUUUUAAAUUUCUAAUUUAAAAAAUCCAAAUCUAAUUUUAGUCCCCGACCAGUUGAUAAAGCCCUCAUCUAUCAACAGCUCUUUUCAAUCUUUUUUCUCGCCUUCCUAUUGUAACUACUCAUUAUCGACUGGUAAAUCUUUUGAAAGUCUGAAUACCUCGACUGCCAAUGGAUCUACAUGGACUGUAAAUAUUGUGAAUGAACUACCUAGAACAACAUUGAAAGAUGUUUUGAAAGAUGUGUCGUUAGAGAAGAGAAGACGACUGACAAUUACUUUAGAUGGUACUCAAGGGAGUCUUGUUGGUACUCACAACAACAUUUAUGGUACACAAGGUGGCCUUGCUGGUACUCACAGUAAUAUUUAUGGUACUCAAGGCAGUCUUAUUAGUACUAAUAUUUAUAGUACUCAAAGUAAGUUAGAUGAUACCCGUAUUAGUACAGAUGGUAGACUUGAUGGUCCACUAAAUUUUGUUAUGCCAAAAAUAGAAAGAAGGCACAGUAUGGCACGGUCAGCUCGACGUAGUGACUUUGCUUCGCUACGACAACUUGAUAGUAAGAUGACUGGUAAAUGUGCCAAAGAUACUGUAAAAAAGCUUACUGUAAGAGCAAAAAAAGAUUCAGAAGCUGACACUGUACACAAUAAUUUGAACGACGUUAGUAACGAUCAAAAUGUUAAAACGUACGAUUCUACUGAACAAAAUGAGCUACACUACGAUGUUACACUUGACAUAACACACGAUUAUUCAAGCUCUGACGAGACUUUUAACAAUGAAACUAUACCAUCACCAAUACCAUCAGAAUACAAUAAAGACUUCGAGGCGAAUAUAACAAAAGAAGAUGUUACAUUAUCAAACAAUACCGAUUCUACAGUACCAGAAGAAAUAUACAAGCCUCAUAUAGUACUACGACCAAAAAAGGUAAAAGAUCAGUUAAUUCAGCAGAUUAACAAUAUCUACCAAAGAUAUUCAAUGAAGCGCAAAGAAUCUAUGGUUGAUUUUGAAGAUACGAUUAGACAUUCUCUCUACGACAUACAGUACACCAGUAUAAACGCUGAUUUUUGUCGUACUGUAGAAGAAAAAGAAAGUUCUGAUAUUGUAGUAGGUGGUGUAGCAAAAGAGAGGGUUGGGCUGUAUGUUAUCAAGAAUGAUAAUGAUUAUCGAUAUGACACUGAAGGUAUUGUCAAAAAAGCUACGUACAAUAGUAUUACCAAAAAUAUCAAUUACAAAGCUCAGGUUGUUCAGGAUGAUUUUAUUUUUACAAAGGAUACGACUUUGUCUCAUGACUCUGUUGUUACUACCACUGUAAACCUUGCAAGCACAAUCACAGAUCAUCAACAAUAUUCUGAAAAUUCUACUGUUUUUGAAGUAAAAAUUUCAGAAGAACAUCAAAAUUCAUUUUAUACUUGGAAUGAAACUAGUCAGUCUAGUGACAUAUUGUCUAUAACCAGCGCAGAAGUUGAAUUGAACAAUGAAACCGACGAAAUAAACAUUAAAAAUAAACAUACGCAGAAAGGAAAAGAUUCUGAAAUUGUAAUAUUUGAACCUACUACUGAAGGUGUUACCCAUUCUGUAGCUACUGUAAAUUGUUCUUUCGACAGAACUUUGUGUGAAGCUUCUUGUGACAAUGCUUUUGAUGCUCCAACUUCAAACUUUGUAAGUGUUGCCUUGCCAGAGAUCCAACAAGAAGAAAUGGCAUAUUCUGAACAAUAUUUAGACUGCCAUUUUGUGAAAAAUAAAAGACAAACUUAUGGUAGUAAGAGUCAACAUAUUGAAGAAGAAAACUAUGAUCACACCAGUCAAACAGAUGAUGUUACAACAUGUUAUGUACAAAAAAUUAUUCCAGAAUCCAUUCAAGAAGCCUGUAUUCUAAAUGUUUGUUCAGUAGAUAUUCUUUUCACAAAAGAAAGCGAUGUCAAUAAUUCUAAUUGUUUUACUCUACCUAUGUCAUCUAUCAAAGAUCCAUUAAACUUAUCUUUAACCAUGCUAACAUGCGAUCUAAUCAGCAUACCAUCUCAAGCUGGCCUUAUUAAUCGAACAAGUAUUGCCCUACCAGAUAUUCUACUACAAAAAGCCUCGUUUAGUGUUGCAGAUGUUACACUAGACUUAUCAAAUCUAGAAAAUAAUGAAGUAGUUCACGCAGUUAUCACAGAUCAAGUAAAAGACAGACUGGAGUACAAUGAAACGGCUAUGUGCCAUAAUUAUGAUAAAGCUGCUCAUUCUCCAAUUGGAGAGACUAGAAAGUGUGCUUGUGCUUGCUUCAAAACUACAGUAACUCAAUCUACCGCUUACAGUGAGACUUGCUGUUGUGUUGAUAUGCGGCAUGAAGAUGAUGUCAAGGUGGUUGACAAUAGCGAUGAUGAAACUUGGAGCUGUAAAAUAAACGAAAAGAUACAGAAAAGUUGUAUGGCUUCGCCAGCUGGAGCUCCAGUAUUAUGUGGUACCAAAGAUUCGGUACAAGAUAAAGGUUUGGCUAAUGGUAAUAUAUUAAAAAAUGAUGACGUGUGCAACUUACUUAAUGAUCAAUAUCUUUGUAACGACAAUGUUCCGUCCAUAAAUUUUUCAAUUGUAGACAGAGCUCAAAAAGAAUUGUCCGUCGACAUCCAAGACACGUCAUUUUGUCACGAUACACCUUCUGUAGAUACAUUUUUACACAGUAAUGCACCUAAAAAACUAGCACAAUUUAGCCCAUUGAUUAUUGAAACAUCUACAAAGGUUACAAAACCAUCAUUAGACAAAGAAAGUGCAGUACCUUUACUUCGUUCUCCUAUUAUACCAUCAUUGAGCCUACCAACCCCUACUCAACAAUUCUCUCCAGCGUUUGAAAGACCACAUCAAGAAGUUGAAGCAACAUUUAUCGCUCAAGAAAGCCACAAAGCUUUGGAUGCAUUGACUGUAAGUAACGUUGAACAAGAAUUUAGUUGCAAUGGUAAGAUAAAAAGAGCUGCAACUUGUUCAAUAUUUAAACAAAAAGAUAAUAACAGUGAAAAAUCAAGCUUGAGUAUUAUUGAUUUGCCUGUUAAAGUGAGUAGAGAUGAGAUUAAAGAAAGCGCUACUAUGGUGCACCAGUUAAAUGUAAAGGAAAAUGAAAGUUACAGUGAAACCAAUAAUGAUAUUAACAUAGAGAAGAAUAAUAUAACGGAUGCUUACUGCAUUGCAUCGCUAAAUGACAUAAUAAUCUCAGAAGAAGAGUUUUCAGUUACUCAGCAAGAACAGUUACUAAUAAAAGAAGAAGAAGAUGGUUUUGCAUCGCUCAACCUCAGUGAUCAGAAUAAAGAAAAAGACGUUUUUACUGUUACAGCGAUUGCUGUUGACUUAGCAUCAGACGAUAGAGUAGAAAACUGUAACGCCACAUUGAAAAUAACAGCAGAAGAACAAGAGGAGUAUAGUGAAAUAGUAUGUCAACAUCUUGGGCUAGUAAACAAAGAACAAAAUAAAGAAGAGCUUGUUGAAGCUACUGUACAUACAACAGAGUUUGACGAAGUAAAACUGGCUAUCUCAUGGAUAGAUUGUGUGUUCGCUCAGUCUUAUGCUAAUUAUAAUGCGCAGCAUCUUGUCUCACAAGUUGCUCAGCAAACAGAAGAGUUUGCUGUAACCUCAGCUUACUUUAGUUUUGACAAAAAUGGCAGUAACAGCAGCAUUGGGCACAUAUACGAUGGGAUUACCAAGAAUGGAGAAGUUUUGUCUAUUAAAUGUGACAGUAAUGAAAACAAAGAUUUAGUUGAAAAUUAUAUUCAUGUUAAUACUUGUGAAAAUGAGCACCAUUUUACAACGUUACACAAGGCCUUAACUGUACCUUCAAUAUCACCAUCAACAAACAGCACGUCUAACACAAUAUCCGAAGUUCCUGACGAUCCUACUAUUGAAUUCAAUGACGACGCUUUGUUAAAAUAUGGAGAAAUGAUCAUGCUACCAUCAGAUCAUAAUAAAGUUACAGCUGGUUUUGAGCUUGGAGGUAAUGCAGGAUCAGAAGGCACUUCAAGAGCAAAACAGGAUAAUAUAGAUGAUCGUGAUGUUAUAAUACAAAAACUAUUAAAAGACAUUGUUGACAAAGUUGUGCAAACACAUUUGGAGCAAUUUGAAAAGCGGUUUGGGUAUCAAAACAAGUCCAGUCCAGCUAAAUUAAAUCUAAUGGGCUGGUUUGACAACUCGGAUCUUGUACAAGAACAAAUAGCUGAAGUUGAGUUUCAACACACAAUUAAAGUAAGUUUUUAAAAGUAUUUUUUUUUUUAAUUCAUAUUUUUCAAACUUCAUAUAGUACCAAAAACUUUUUGUAUUACCUAAUUAAAUCUUUUUGUAUCAAUUAACGAGAGUGCAACCUGCGCGCUUCGGACGCGACUCGCUCUUUUCGGAAUUUCUCUUUGUGAAAAAAUACGCGUGUUCCGUUUGCCCACUUCGAAAACUGUUGAAAACAUAAAUAUUCAGAAGAGACUUUUUCGUUUAUAUCAACUUUGAUUCAUCAUAACAAUCUGGUCAUCAAGUUUUCCGAUUGUUUUUGUUUGAAUUUUCGUUAAACAACCGGGUUUUGUAAGUGAUAGGUGAAUAUUGUCACGUUUUUAGCUCUUGUUUACUUAUUUUUGUUAUUCCCGCGGCAGGCAGGUUAACAUUGAUAUAUUUUUUAUAUUUUACUCAACAAAAACUGUUAGUCACAUAAAUUUAUAAAGGAGUUUUGAAAGAUUUUUCUCGGUUAUUUAGGUUUAAUCUCUUUUUUGAAUGUUUUUUUCGUUCUUAUGUCUUUUAAGGUUUCCAUGGUUGAAUAAUUCGUUAUGCUUUCAGUUUGGGAACAAGCUAGCUAUGCUUUCGGACGACAAUGAAAUCCCCAUAUCUGAUGAUGAAUAUGAAAACCCGUCGAUGGACGAUUCCACUGUGAGUUUCUUGGUUAUCUUUUGUGAAUUUAGGUAAAAGGAGUCUUUAUAAUGUAAGAAUAACUUAUAAUACUAGCUUCUGUUGUUUUAAACCAUAUUAUAAUGGAUUAUUUAUGGUCGUUUACUCAGUAUUUUGCUUUACAGGCAACAAUAACAUCGAAUGCUUCAAAAUUGGUCUUGAACUCGACGGCCGAAGAAAAGAAUGGGACGGAACCGGCCGAAAUUAAUGGGAAAGAGAACAAUGGAACGUCCUCGAAUGGAGUUAAUGGUCUUUCCGAGCCUCUGGGAUUAGGUGGAUCUAAUACGAGUACUCCAAUUGAACAUGCUCCUUCGAAUGGUGGACGACCUGAUGAAAGCGAUGAACAAGCUGUAGAUGAAGAAGCUGCUGUCUUCAAGGAUGCAAACAUUACCGUCAGUAUUAGAGCGUACGAGAAGCGGAGCGAAGGAUUUAAUGCUUAUAUUGUUUACAAGAUUGAAACUAAAGUAAGGUUUAUUUUAAUAUUGUAUACAACACCUUGUUAAAACCGAGUAAAAUCACAGAGUAUAAAAUGAACGUUUUAGAUAUUUUGUAAGGGAUACUUUAGGCAAUCAGAAGUUUUUUUUUCUAUUAUGACGAUUAUCACUUUGAUUUUCAAAUAAAUUAUCUACAACAAUAUAAGUUUUUAUUUAGUUUUAUACUUUUACAUUAUAACAGUAAUAUUUUGUAGGUAAAUGGCAUUCCAAACUACACCAAGUCGAUGAACGAAGUCUGGCGAAGGUUCAGCGACUUCUUGGGACUUCGUGAUAAGCUGGCCGAGAAGUAUCAACAUAAAGGGGUAGCUAUACCAUUGGCUCCAGAAAAGUCAAUUGCUGCUCUUACAAAGACCAAACUCAAUACUACGAAUGAUGAAGGAUACACAACGUAAAGUUUAAUUUAAAAUUAAGUAAAUUUAGAAAAAGACGCUAAAAGUUCUUAGCUAUUGCUGGUGUGGCUGAUUAUUUUGUGCCAUAUUUGUAUGAAUAAUAUGAAAAAUUUUAGUGAUGUUGCUGAAAAACGUGCCCGAUUGCUGGAGCGUUUCUUAAGACGGUUGGUACGAUCUCCACGAUUGGUCGUAGACUGUGAUUUGGUGGAUUUCUUGUCAUUGGAUGCCAACUUACCAAAAGCUUCCUUCACUGCUGCUUUGAGUACAAAAUCAAUGCAAAAGAUCUUCAAGGUAUGUGAAUUCAUAUUUUUAAUAUUUUUGAACUUUUUUUAGUUUUUUAUUUUUAAUAAUGGUCUAAUGUAAUAUUUUUGACAUUUUCUUUCAAGUUUGUAACAAAUUUUAUUUCAGUCAGUCGGAGACGCCUUGAACAAGAUUGCUUAUCCUAUGGAUGAAAAUGAUCGUUGGUUCGAGCAAAUGCACGGUAAUGUAGAAGAACUUGAUGACAUGUUGGUGCGAUUGUACUCGAUUGUUGAUCAACUUGGGUCAUAUCGAAAAGAGCUGUCUCAGUCAUCAGACAGUCUGUCUAAAUCUUUGUCUAUGAUCGCUUCAUGUGAGGAGAACACGGCACUGGCUAGAACGUUGUCCAAAUUGGCUGAAACUAAAGAGAACCUGAGUGUGGUACAAAGACAUGAAGCUGACACGGACAGUCAGAUUCUGGCUGAAAGUAUUCAGGUAUGGUAAUGUUGAUAGCGAGUGAAAGGCUGGUUUUGAUCAGUUUUAGCCGAGAAUAGACUAGAUUUUGUAUAUUUUUCAUUAGGUUCAUAUAUCUAUUUAUUGUAGGAGCACCUUCACAUGACUCAAGUCCUAAAGGAGCUCUUCUUCGAACGAGUCAAGGCUUGGCAAAACUGGCAGACGUUGAGACAGAAUUUGGCAAAGAAACGUGAAUUAAAAGCACGUUUUGACUUGGCUGGACGUCCGGAUCGUGCCAAUGUUGCCAAAGCUGAAGUGGAAGAUUGUGAACAGAAGGUGGACAAGAUGGAGCAGGAGUUCCAGGAGAUGAGCAAGACAAUACGAAGAGAGUACAUCAGAUUGUGCAAAGAAAGAAGAACCGAUUUGAAAACCGCAUUUGUUAGCUAUCUGGAGGCAUUGAUCGAGAGUGAACAACAUGUAAGUGAGAUUUUUUUAAAAAUUGUUAUGAUUUAUGUUACAAAAGUAUAUCUUACUGUGCUUUAAUGCCAAAAAAAAGUGAAGAAAGUUAUGUAAAAUAUGUUUGAAAUUCGUAAUUGUAACCUUUUUCCACUUUCAGACCCUGGAACAUUGGCAGAAGUUCGCUCCGGAAGUGCAGAGUAUUAUAUAA